ACGUCAUUGUAGAUUAAUCUGAAUGACUUCAGCAACCAGACAGCUCGUACUUCCCGUCUUAUCUCCCCGCUCUCCACCAUACCUGCAGCUGUGUAGUAGCUACAUAAUCACGAAUACCUCCGCAACCAUGUCUUCCGUCUCUCGUCUUGCAGUGUCUGCCCGUCUCGCGUCUCGCGCAAUUGUUCCUGCCACAGCUCAAUUGCGACCAGCAGUAUUCACAGCUACCCGGUACUUCCACACAACACCAGCAAAGAUGUCUCAGCACCCAAUUGCUACUCUCCAGGAGGAUCUCAUUCCACGCCUGCCUCCGUCCUCCCCAACCCUCUUUGAGGCUAAGAAGAAGAAGAACCUCAGCUUCGAAGCUAUUGCGAAGGACGUCGGCCGCGACGAAGUAGCCAUUGCCGCUCUGUUCUACGGACAGGCAAUGGCCUCACCAGAAGACAUCCAGAAACUCUCCAAGAUCCUCGAUAUCCCCGCUGAAACUCUCGAGUCGCAGCUUUCCGGCUUCCCAGACCGCGGCCGAUCGCUCGAGAUGCCACCGAAAGACCCGCUUGUAUACCGCUUGUAUGAGGUCGUACAGAACUAUGGAUACGCGUACAAAGCUGUGCUGAACGAGAAGUUUGGUGACGGCAUUAUGAGUGCGAUCUCGUUCUCGACGAAGGUGGAGAAGGAGACUGAUGAGAAGGGUGAUUGGGCGAAGAUUACGCUGAGGGGCAAGUGGCUGCCAUACUCGCGAUUCUAGAAUCUUGAUAAGUGACGAAUGAAUACAAUAUAAUCAUCUUCCGGAUCAAGUGUGCAGUCGAUCGGCGUUCCCUAUCAAACCUCUCUACUAGUUUACCACGCCCCAUUUAUCUCUCAUUGUGUGUACCAAGACGAGGAUGCGAAUGCGCGACAAAGAGGCGCACGAUUUAGU